AUGGGAGAUAAGAAUCAGGCAGAAGUGACUGAAUUUCUUUUCUUGGGCCUCACAGAUCAUCUCUAUCAGCAGAUUGUCCUCUCUGUCUUGCUUCUCUUUGUCUAUCUUGUCACCCUGGGGAGUAACGUAGGGAUGAUCAUUCUCAUAUGGACUGAUCCGAGACUCCACACACCUAUGUACUUUUUUCUCAGCCAUUUGUCCUUUGUAGAUAUUUGUUCUUCUUCUUCCAUUGCCCCCAAGAUGCUGUGUGGUAUCUUUGCAGAGAAAAAAAGCAUCUCUUUCAUGGGCUGUGCCACACAGAUGUGGUUUUCUGGUUUCUUUGUGGUAUCUGAAUGUUUCCUCCUGGCUUCUAUGGCAUAUGACUGGUAUAUGGCCAUCUGUAAGUCCUUGCUGUAUACACUCAUUAUGUCUCAGAGGGUCUGUGUGCAGCUAGUUAUGGGGCUUUAUGCCAUGGCUUUUAUAAGCAGCAUGACCUCUAUGACAUUGACUUUUUGCUUACCCUUCUGUGGUCCAAAUAUCAUCAAUCAUUUUUUCUGUGAUUUUUCACCACUGCUUUCCCUUGCACGUGCAGACACUUCCAUGAUUCAGUUUGUAUUUUUCUUUUUGGCUGGAUCUAUAGGAAUACUCAGUGGCCUGAUCAUCAUGAUCUCCUAUGUUUGCAUCCUGGCGGCCAUCUUGAAGAUCCAGACUGCUGAUGGGAGACAGAAAGCUUUCUCCACUUGCUCUUCUCCCCUGGCAGUUAUCUCCAUCCUGUAUGGGACUCUUUUCUUUACCUAUGUUUGUCCUGGCUCAACUUCCUCCCUGGAUAUCAAUAAAGUGAUUCCUCUAUUUUAUCCUGUGGAGCCCCUGUUGAACCCCCUCAUUUACAACCUGAGGAACAAGGAGGUGAAAAAUGCAUUGGGAGGAUGUUUGAAAGGAAAAAUUCUCUAA